AUGGCUAUCCUCGCAGGCUUGUGGGCUGCGAUCACUGCCGCAUCGUCUGUUGUGGCCUUGUCGAGGCUCGUGCCUCCGUUUCCCACGGCGGUAUGUUCCACGAUAGCUCCACCACAGAGUGUUCUCAACGUCACGACCGCGAGCACUUCCGUGGAUCACCAUCCGUUCGGGAUCAAAUAUCUUACAAACGACAUAGCGUUUGCUGUCAUUGGUCGGACUAUCGGCGUGCUCGACACAUCACAGUUCAAGCCGGUUCUGAAAUACCAGAUUCAUCUGACACACGCGAUUGCAGCCAGGCUUGGUUUUGACGAGGAUGACCCGGACACCGAAGCCUAUAUCUUCCACGGACUUGCGAUAACAAAUGACGGGAGAAACCUAUACGCAGCGGGCGGUUAUGGAGCCAUCGUGAUUGACACGCAAAGAGCGGUUGCUGGCCGCAAUGAUUCCAUUGUCGGUGUACUUGCCAACGAUGGGAGAGCUGGCAAUUACUCCGCCAUGGUAUCUAUCACACCAGACGACCAGUACGUUUUCUUCACGCAGGAGUUUGGUAGCCCAUUUACCUUCAAGCACGGGAGCCUCGAGGUGUGGAACGUUUUCCGAGCUGAAGAUGGAGCAGUCACCGGGGUGUAUAAGGGCUUCAUUAUUCUGGGAUUCUAUACUGUUGACCUCGCUUUCUCCCACGACUACAGCAAGCUCUACGUAACAAACGAGAUUGGAGGCUUACCAGCAAGCUCGAACGACACGGUGGGGUCCGUCGCCGUUCUUGACGUAGCAAAGCUCAAACAAUCACCGGCGUCAUCUCUCUUGUGGGCAGUCGACGCUGGUUGUCAUCCUGUUAGGGUAAAGCUCAGCCCCGACGGAAAGAAUCUCUGGGUCAACGCUCGCGAAGGCAACGAACUCCUCGUCUUUGACACCGAAAUGUUGAACUCCAAUGACACUCUCGACAGGGCUCUCGUGACCACCAUACAGACAGGCACAUCGCCCGUAGCUGUAGCUGUAGUCGGCAGCUACGUGUUUACAGCAGACUCUAAUCGGUUCGGAUACAGUAACACGACAAGCGGGCUCACUGUUGUCAACACCCAAGAAGUUCUCCAGGAAGAUGAGCCCGUGAGAUUUCCACAGAUACCUAUGGGGUCAUUUCCACGGGAAUUUGGAGUCAGCCCAGACGGAAAAACCCUUCUGGUUUCAGAGUAUGACGGGUACGAGAUUCGCGCUGUCGAUAUAGGGUCCUUGAAAGGAAGGACAGAUGGCGGUCGCCGCAGAUUCAGAGUUCAGAGAUUUGGUAGCGAUCAAUGA